AUGACUGCCCGGCCCGAGACCGUGCUGGACAUUCUCACGGCCGAUUAUUGGAAUGCCAGAAAUGGCGAUAACAAAAUCCUUUUUCGCACAGAGGGUACCGGAGAAUUAUGGCAUUAUAUCGAGCAAACGCCCUUCGCAGCCGAAUUCAACUGGCAAGCGCUGGACCCGGCAUGUCUCGAUGAGAAAUCGACCAAACGGAGAAAAAGAGUGUCAAAGCUCACGAUUGAGAUAAACAUUAAGAACAGGAAUGAACUGGAAGAAUCCGUAUCGUCGGAUCACGGCGCCGGUCGGAUAUUGAACGAGCGUCAGCUUCAUGACGUAGCGUUUGCUUCGAAGACCUUUUCUGUUCAUCUUGAGAGAGUCAUAUCAAAGAAAACCAGUGACGGCGGUCACACCUUAUACACUUAUCGCGUCCUUUUCGAUAAAUCGCCGUAUCCACCUACAGACGAAUGGAGAGAGCCUGUAUUUGGACGGAAAUGUUGGGAAAAGCAUGAAUUCGUGAGUAUCAAGGCCAAACCCGGGUAUUCUGGAAUAUGGAUGAGCAUUAGAUAUCAUCUCAGAUUUUUCUACGUGGGAGACCAGGCAGGAGAUGUAUUUGGCUCGGCUGUUCCUCGGAAGUCUCGCCCCCUACAUCAUUCUCCCUCUGUUUUCAGACGGCGAACUGUUUCGGCGGACAAGGCUGGGCUGAUCUGGUCCUCUUUCCCCCAAGUUUAG